GCAUAUAUAGCGCGGCGCUGCCGAGCGCGCCACACUCCGCGCCCGACACAGCGCGCACACCGACCACGCUCAGCUGCUCAACGAUACAGGUGGCGGUAGUGUGUCACAGUUGUCACUCACACACACUCGUGUGCUAUGUGUGUUCGUGCGCGAGCGUGCGUGUGCGCGUGCGCGCUGCUGCUCGCCCUCGUGCUCGCCGAGCACGACAAGCGCGCAGAGAUGUCUCCGAUGCCGUUCCUGAUGGCGACGCGCUACGGCCGCAGCUCGCCGCCCGCGCGCCACCUCGCGCCGCGCAACGAUAGGUUCUUCAUGAGCACGCGCUACGGCAAGCGGUCGGAUAGCAGCGGGGGCGCGGGCGGGGGCGCGGGCGGGGGCGCGCUGGGCGGGGGCGCGGCGCAGGCGCUGGUGUGCGAGUACACGGGCGUGUGGUCGCUGUACCGCUGCCGGCACAAGCCGCCGCUGUAUCACAAGAGGAGUGCGGAGGAGACGAUGGAGCGCUACGACGAGUAACCAGCUGCCGACCACGACCUGGAACCGCGCGGCCGCACGCACACACCCACAUACAUACACACACACACACAGACAUAGACCAGUAACCGUGUUUAUUGUCAGCGCUCCUAACACAUUGCACCUUGUAAACCGAACACAUACACACAGACACACACACACACAUACACACACACACACACACGCGCGCGGCCGCCGCUCUGUACACAUAUACAUACUUAAUAUUACGUAAACUUAGCAUAAUAAACACUAGACAGGCGCUUCUCUGUAAGUACUGGGCGGGACACGUGACGCCGCCACCGACGUGGCGACACGGCGACACGGCGACACGGCGACACGGCGACACGGCGACACGGCGCGGCGACACGUCGCGCGGCGCGUGUGGCUGGGCGCGCGCCGCGGGGCUGCACGCUGGCGACCUCUGUACUGAGCUACUGAAACAUAUAUGUUACUGAAUGUUACUGAAUAUGUACUGCCUCCUGAAACUCGCUGUAAACGGACACUAACUCCGCGUAAUUGUAUGUAAACUAUUGUCGCGGCAUCCAUCUUGUUGCGUUGUUGCGUGGAACACGUUGAGUGGCAUUAUCAUAAUUUGUUACUUUACUGUAAGAUAGUGGCACAUUACACACCGCGGUGUUGGAGUCAGUGUCAGUUACUUUACUAAUGUAGAACACAUUGUUUGUUUGUAUAGUUUACAUGUUGUGCCAAAUUAAAUAUAGAGAUAUAUAAUUAAUAAGAGUGUUUGUUAUACCAUACAUACAUACAUACAGACAUGUUUAUAUAUGUGAUCGGUCGUAAUGUCCAAUAGUUAACGAGUGCUCCAUGGAGUGUUGUUACAGUCCGAUAUAAAACUUUACACUCCAUAAACAAAUGUAUGACAUUACUGUACACUACAGCUUCAUAUUGUAAUGUCGUCAGUAUGUGUGUCGCCUCGUGUCGCCACUCGCAGCGACAGUGAUGGCUAGUCAGUAAGUGUAGUGACUAGUGGUUAGUGAGUACGAUGUAUGUAGUGUAGUGAGUAAGUAUACGAUGUACGAGCACUAUCAGUCAAUAUAAACGGACGCUCACGACAAA